AGCCUGGGAUCCACGUUGAUCGAAGAGCUUGGCUGCUUCUCCCCUUGACGACCUUGUUCAACAGCAUCGCCAAGGCUGCCUCCACCUUUGCCAUCUUCCUCCUCGGCGCGGUCCCUACUCUCAUCGAACUCGAUGUCUGGUCUGUCGCCGUCUUCGUUCUCAGCGUACAGGAAGUCGGACCAUCGGCUGUCUGGAGCAUCGGAAGGCAGCAUUGGAGUUUCUGAGCUCUGCAGCUGAUAAGGCUCGGGAGCAUCAACCACCAUAUCAGUGCUUCCGCUUUGCUGCUUGUCAUGGCCCCAGGAAAAUCUACUGUCGGCGGUAGCCGUCGGACCCGAAUGUCCUGUCUCGUCGAAGACAUGGUCAUCCUCUUCCUCGCCGUCCGCUCCCUCCUCAUCAUCAUCGUAGGCUCCACCUUCAAGCUGUUGCUGGCCUUUGUCAUCCUCACCAUCCUCAAUGUCGAGAUCUCCGUCUCCCAGCGCCUCAUUCUCUUCCUCCUCGUCCUCCUCUUCUUCGUCCUCCUCUUCUUCCUCUUCUGAGUCAAGGCCCUCAAAGCUCUCGCCCUGGCCCAGA